CACAGAAUUGCGGAAAAAUAACGUGCUGCUGCCGCAGGCGAAUGGCGGCCAACAACGAAACAGCAGGAGAUUCAGAGGCGGCAGAAACGCAAACGGCCUUACAAACGCGCUCCGCUUUAGUCUCUCGCCGACUUUUGCUCGUUCCUGCUACGCAGUGCAGAUUGAUUGACGCUCCCGAUUUACCCCGUCCGAGCCAUGUAGCCUGUGCAACAGGAACUUAAUGGUGUGGCAAUCGCACGUUAGUGGCAAUUUGGGCCCAAAAAUGAUGUGAUCGGCAGCGUGAAAGUGUUGCGAAAAUGACCCAGCAGCAGGACAGCUCGCCCGACCUCUCGCUGAAGCUCAGAAGGGGCUCAAGCGACUCCCGAGACUCGUUUUAUAUGGAUUUCGAUCGCGGCAUCGACUCGGACAUUGAGGAAAUAGCAACAACGUCGGGGGCGGAUUUCGGGGGAGACACAACUGGUGAAAUAACGGCCGCCCCCAGCGCUCUGGGCAUGAAGGCCGAAGGGGUCAGUUGGCCGACGAUCCCCCAGCAAAACGUGAGCGGCGGCAGUCGCAGCAGCGCAGCCCUGGGGGGAUGCGACCCCCUUUUGCCGUCGCCCGCUUCCCCCCAUGCGGUCAUUGUUUCGCCAGAAACUCUCACCAAUUCGUCCCCCUCCAAGUCCACUGCCAAGCACGUGAUUGGCGGACACACUGUCCACAUCCAGACCCACAAGGCUGCGUCGUCCGCACCGCUAACACACUCCAACUACUACUACCACCACCACCACCAUCAGCAGCACUUUCCAGUUGUGAGGAGGCUGAGUAGGGCGGAAAAGCAGGUGGAGUGGAGGCAGUUGGGGGCGGACGCCCUGUCCACAACCCUUUCGGCGCUUUACGGCAAACUGCUGGUGGUGAUGGGCACGGCCUUUCCAAUGGCAGAAGUCAUUUCAACAUACAUCCCGCCGUCCUUCUACGAGGCCUACUAUUUGUACCUGUAUAUUGGAAGCAUGUUUUUCCUGCUCUACCUCUAUAUGGUGCUGCUCAGAGACAAGCGCCAGAUGAAGAAAAGGGACCGGAAAGCGAACAAGUCCCAAGCAAGCAAAGAUGAGGUGAUUUCCGAUGAGGAGUCGGACGACGACUCAAACAGCACGAGUGUGUCCAGUUCGGAGGCUCCAAAGUAUCGACCAAGAGUGGCUUCGCUAUCGAUGGGCAAACAGAACCACUACGGGAGUUUCUACUUGAGAAUGGGCGCAGUUGCCUUCGGAAUAGGCAGCAUGAUCUACUCAGGACUGGAGUUCGGCCAGUACUUUGAGCUAGAACGGAACACCAAAUGCCACAACGUCCUACUGGCGCUCACUCCAGCCACCAGAAUGGCGUUCAUCUUCAUCCAGAUGUACUUCAUUUUCCUCAACAGCGAACAAAUGCGGGUUUACAAGCAUAAAGUGGCUGCGCGUUUCGGCCUGAUGCAUAUGAUCGGCACAAAUCUGUCCGUCUGGCUUAACGUUCUAGUGCAGGAGACCAAGCAUGAAAUCCUUACCUUUUAUAAUCCGGAGAAUAAUUCCUUGAGAAUAUCCCACAGGAUACCGUACAAGGGCAACGUGCUCGGGUUGCCGUCAGUAACAGCGGACCAUCCGUUGGCCGCGCAUGGUCACCACAUAGUGGCGAGAGGCCUCAAAGGCCCCCACCACCUCUACGAGUGCAGACGGACCAACAUAAUCGGCUCAUUGGUCCAGGACGCGUCCCCCUUCCUAUUCCCCUGCACGAUUGAGUAUAGCCUGAUCUGCGCAGCCAUCCUCUAUGUGAUGUGGCGCAGCAUCUCCAAGCUACCGACCAGCAGCAAUCACACUGCGAGGACCAAAUCUGAGAUGAGCGCCUUCAAGAAGAGCCCCCACCAUUAUUCAGUAGAUUGCGCUCGCGCCCACAAAGGCCUCUUUCUCGGCAUUUUGUUCCUGGUGCUCACCAUCAUCUCGCUUAUUCUGUUCUUCGUUCUGAUCUCCCGUUCGGAGUUCGUGGGCUUGGCGGUGAUCGAGGUGAACAUUUGCGAGCUGAUUCUGUACACCAUGACCACGCUGGCUGCAGGAAUCGGCAUGUGGCAGGUGCGCCAAUUGAAAUAUGACGGCUCAAAGAACCUGCAGCUGGAUAACAUCCUGCUGGUGGGCGCUCAGACUGGAAUGUACAUCUACAGCACUUUUACCAUCAUCGGAGGCCAGUUCACUAUUCAGAAGAACACGGUGCUGGUGCUGGUAACAGCAGUUGCUUCGCUACUGCAAACUACCUGCCAGACGAUCUUCAUUCUGGACGCCUCCAGGCGCACCUGCUCGACUCCGGACCAGAUCCGGAAGAAACCCGGCCGGGAAAUCGUCACUUUCCUCCUAGUGACCAAUCUGGCCAUGUGGGCGAUCAACACGUUGGAAAAGUCCCGGGCCGAGUCCCAUCCGAUCCAGCUACAUUUCUACGGACUGUGGGCAUGGACUAUUAUCACGCACGUCUCCAUGCCUCUGGCGAUUUUUUAUCGUUUUCAUUCUACUGUUUGCCUUUGUGAAGUGUGGAAACGCGCCUACAAAAUGAAACCCACCUACAUGUAGUCCAAGGUAGGCGUUUCGCCGCUCAACUUCAACAGUACAACUAUCGUCCGCGUCAACCUCAACAUAUGAAAUUUGCAUAUUAUCUAUUGUACAAUUAUUGAUUCGGGAUCAGCAAUAACAACCGUUUAGGGACCGAUAUUUUUGCAUUUUUAUACGUUUUAUAAUCGCGUAGGGUAGCCGUCUAUAUUCAAAAUGGGUGAUUGUAUUGAUGCUGAGUAAUGGAAAAUGUUCUCAUUGUUACAACUUUUUUCUGUAUCUUGGACUUGCACCUUCAUCUAGCGAUUAGUUUACUUUAGCGUAAAGCCAUACAUUAUUACAUAUGUGGUUGGUUACGUAUGUGGUACUAAAUGUUGUACAAUUAUGAUAGGGAGGUGUUUUUGAGACCGAAAUAACCCGAGUUUUUUCGUAUAAGCAUGAGUCCGACUUAGUAUUUUCAAAAUUGCAUAAUUACCGCUAGAGUGCGAAACUGCAACAAUAACUCGAGCGCCGAUAAACGUUAAUUUUUGUCAGUUUUUUUAAGUUAAGGGAGAUGGUAAAUAUGCCCAUUAUAUUUCUGGGCACAUUUGACGUGAGUAUGGUUGAAGUAGUUUUGCUCUAGCAAGUCAAAUUAAGUGUCGGGGGAUGGCCCAAGAUUGCUUGAAAAAGAUACAGAUACUCCGGAUUAGUAGACCAGGUAUACCACAUCAUUAUUCAGUACUAAUACAAUCACACAAAAGCAUUAUUAUAUCAAGUACAAUUAAGAUAACGUUAAAAAUACCUACAAUUAUUUAAAUUCACCUUGGCAAUACUUCUAGUGUAUGAGUUACAGUCAGUCAUUCCACUACUGUUUAUUGUCUUACGUUGUUUAGCCCUAAGUCAAACACAUCAAGACUUUAACUGACUUAAGGCUGAAAAUCCAUAUAAAUUAUAUUACAUUGUUAUGUAUUGGUAUCGAGCUUAGUGUUUGUUGUGUUUGGUUUUAUGAUAUUUUAUUGUAAUACGCUUAGAAUAGUGAUAAAAUCCUCGGAAGUCUGAUAAACUAAGGUCUUGGUUUAGGAACGUUGCCGUUAAAACAAUCCCUGAUUUAGCUCCCAUGUGCCAUAAUAGUGACAGAUUUUAUUUGUUGUUGACUAAAAGUAGUUUAUUUUAGUUGUCCUCAUUCGACUAAUGGUGUGUGAUCUAUAAUGUAACCGCAGAAAUAUACAUUGAAACCUU